CGAUAUAUUCGUCGUUGUUGUGACUUGAAGUUGUAGAGUCGAGCAAACAAUAAGACACAAUGGAUUAUGAAAUAAUAGAGGAUAUAAGAAAAUGUCGGAGAGUUGUAGAGACUUUGAUGAAAGAAGAAAUAAUAUCUUGUGACGCAGAAGGUAUCAAUUUAGGUAAAGAUGGCCCAUUAACACUUCUACAAAUAGCUACAACUGACGGCCAUGUUUUUUUAUUUGAUAUCCAUAAAGAAAAACGUAUGUUCCAAGAUGGUGGACUAAAACAACUUUUAGAGAGUAAUCAUGUUCGCAAGGUUUUCCAUGCAUGUUCUGGGGACAGCGAAGCAUUAAAACAUCAGUUUGGUGUUUCUUUGAGAAACGUGUUUGAUACUCAGGUGGCUCACAUGGUUAUUCUUGAACAACAAGGUCGUUUAAUUCCACCAAUGUUAAAAUUAGCAGAGAUCUGUGAAAUCUACGGCAUGAACAAAAUGGAAGCAAAGACUGAUAUGCAGAAAAAAUGGAAUAAAACUGUGCCAGAUUAUUGGGAACGUAGGCCACUUACACAGGAAAUGACUGACUACGCAUGUAAGGACGUUACAAUUUUGAUACCAGGAAUCUAUGAAAAACAAUUAAGAAAAUUAAAGUUGGUGGACGCAAUGGACUUAUUCAGAGAAAGGAUUGAAGAAACGAUUAAUUAUAAACUGGACCUAGAACUGAAAAAGAGGCGUAGGGAGAGAAUGGGAAAUGCCGGAAAAGCAGUCUUGCGUGAAAUGGGUAUAAAAUAUACGACGCCUGCUUCGUAUGAGAUUUUAACCGACGAAGAUGAAAAAGCUGCCAUUGAUAGAAACUGGUCCCAAGAAGAGAUUGACCUAUGUAUGACCCAUGUCAUACAAAAUAUGUACUACGAAGCCUUUCUCAAAGUUCUCAGAGAACUGGAAAAGGAAAUGGAUCAAGAUGGCGACGAUUUCAAUCUUGUCGCUCAUUACUACUAUACACUUUGUAGAGCCAAAACAUACUCGAGACCAAACAUUAAGGAAUUAGCAACGGAUCUCUAUAAUAGAUUUCGUCAAAUCAUAUCUAAUGACAUCGUUAACAAAUACAACAGAGAAACACCCCUAUAUUUUCUAAGAGACCAAGAAAGGGCCGUUAUAAAGGAUAUUCGUAUCAAGAGCGCCAAGGACAAAUCAAAGUACCAUUCGCUGUUGGUCCAUUUUCAUUAUAAAUUAAAUGAAGAAGAUUUCAAAGAGUUUGAGCAAAGACUCGCAAACAACCCCUCUAAGGUAACCGUUACUGAAGGUUUCUAUACCUUUUUAGGUUAUCAAACCAAAGACUCUAACAUCCCGGCGAACGUUCGACAAGCCGCUACGCGAUUAAAGCAAGCUAUUGAUAGAGCAGGAAAAAACCCCUUUCCCCCAAGGCCGCCACGCCCACCUCGUAGCAGCCGUAGACGUGACUAUGAGGACGACGAAUAAGAUUAUUAGGAUUAGGGCUACUACUUCUACUAAUUCCACUACUAUACGUGUUACAUUUCUUACGGGUGAUGUUUUUUUUUAUUGUGAUGAAUAUUUCAUAUUUUAAGGUCUAAUAUCAAUUCACAAGUUAGUGAUUAUUUAAAUAUAUGUAAUCAACGUCAUGCCAACAAAAAUAUCAACUAUGUAUUGGUUUAUAUAAAUCUGCUAAUUGAUCAGCCUGAUUCACAUUUUCCGCCAAGUAAUCCUUGCUAAUCUGUACACAAACUAAAAUAUCAACGACAGCUGAUAAUCCCCCGCCUUGCAUUCAUCUUAUUUAUGGAUUUUAUACAAUACUUAUAACUGGUGCUGGUUUGUUUGUAUCAUCUGUUUGUUUCGAGAACGCUGAAUAUUGCUGAAGGGGUUGGUCCAAAGUAAAUAGACGAAUGAGAUUAUCACAUGGACUAUGAAUUAUUAUGGAAAAGCUUUAGAUGCUACACUGUAAAAAAACUUGUGUUGAAACAACACAAACUUGUGUUGUUUUCAACACAAGUAAGGUGUCUCUAUUUAACAACACAAACUUGUGUUGAAACAACACAAAACUUGUGUUAAAUGUUGAAACAACACAAAACUUGUGUUAAAAUUUAUCAAACAACACAAACUUGUGUUGAAACUUGUGUGAAAAUCUACACAAUACUUGUGUUGAAAUUUUUGAAACUUGUGUUGAAAUUUUUGAAACUUGUGUUGAAAUUUCUGAAACUUGUGUUAAAAUUUCUGAAACUUGUGUUGAAAUUUCUGAAACUUGUGUGGUUUCAUACAAACUUGUGUAUAACCAUCCACAAAAACUUGUGUUGUGUUUUUCCCCAAUUUAUAUACAGUAUAGCAACCUUUUUAUGCAGGACCCAUCUCUUUGCUCUGUUAGACCUGUAAAGUUUGAUAAAAGAAGGAAACAAAAUUUUUUUUUGUUUUUGUAAGAUUAUUAUUUAUUCAUAAAAUCAUAGGAAAAAGU